AUGCACGAGUUUCCAUCUGAUCCGUCUGUAAGAGCUCAAUGGGAGCAAUUUGUGCGUCGCCAUAGCCAUGAUUAUAAAGACCCGACCUCGAAGUAUGCUUCGUUAUGUUCUGCACAUUUUGACGAAUCUUGCUAUGAAAGGAAGAUGUCAGUUGUCAGAUCUGUGAAGAAAGAGUAUAAACUUGAAAUGAGAGUCUUUUUAAAAGCGACUGCCGUGCCAACGAGGGAUUCUGUUACCCCUCAAUCACCUGAAAAGAUCAGCCAGCGAGAAAAGAGGAAGGUAAGAAUUUCAUAUGUUUACACGCUUAUUUCCAGCGAUCUGUGCUACAGUAGUAGUCCCACAUAUUUUUUCUUUGUCUGGAAUACCAGCUACCGUUUGCUUGUCUUCAUAAGUAUUUAAAGAUAUGUACGAUUUGCUUAGUUUUCACCACUUCAUGACUUUCAAGAGAGUCUAAAAAUGAACUUGAUGUUAGGGUUAACGUCAAUAAACAAGACGGCCGCAUUUUUUUUUAGGUUUCUUCCGACAAGGUGAGAAGAGUAAAAACCCUUAGUUUUGGCCGUCGUUGACAAUAAUGCGACGGCAAUAGGUAAACUAUAUUAGUCCAGUUAAACAGUCAAAAGAGUUUCCUUUUUUAUCCUAGAAAAAGAAUUGCUGUUUUCCUUACAGACAUAUCCGAUUUUAUUUAUUGUUAGCUUAUAUAUAAUGUUUUUCGGAAGUGGCAUUGUAAUAACAUCAUCAAUAAAUUUUACCUGAUUUUUGUUUCUUGUUUUAGUUAACACGUGAAGUUAUGGCUAAAGUGAAUGUGCCUCCUAAAAAGAAAAAGAAAAAGCCUUCCUCAUCCACUGCCCCUGCCACUUUGGAACCAGCUUCUGAUGGUACAACAUCUUUAGACCAAGGUGCAGAAUCAAAAGCUGUUUCCAAAGACAUGCAAAUGCCUACUGCUUUGCCUGGGCCAUCAACUUCUGGUGAGGACAUUAUAAACAUUCCAUCAACCUCAGCCUCUGUUACGGUGCCUCUUAUUCAGGAGCCUGAGGAGCCUGCUUCAGACAACUCGGCAGCAUAUGGUACAGCCUCAUCCUCCAUGCAUACUGGUACAACAAGCUGUAAAGGAUGCAAGCACAAAGCAGAGUACCUAAAAGCAAUGGGCGCGAAGAAACAGCUGAAGAGCAAAGUGAAAAGUCUAAAAAAGGAGGUCUGUUCUUUGAAGGCCACCAUUGCUGAACUUCAGAGUGUAAGUUUUACUCAGUUUACUACCAUAUUUUAUUUUUUUCAAUAAUUUGAAGUAAUGUUCUAAAAGAAUAAUAUAACCUCUUCUUGGUUUUGAUUUAGUGUGUGGCUGAAAAUGAAACAGAGGAAGAAGAAGGAGAAUCUGCACAGCCAAGUAGUGAGAGUACUUCACAUGGCCAAAAUUAUUUUUCAUGGUCAAGCACUGGAGAGGAAGAGGAGGAUGGUGCUGUGGAAGGUAAUGACCAAGAGUGGGGCCCAACAGGAGCGAGUUCAGAGGAAGAGCAAACCACAGAAGAUGAGGAAGAAAUACCAGAAUCAAAUGCAAAUGAUAUAAAGUAAGAAUUAAUGUCUGUAGCCCAAUGUUUAAGGUGUUGUCGGAAAAGCCACUCUUGGGGUUACCUUGUUGUGAUAAGUUCCUUCCUGCUUUCAUCUGAAAAUCAGGGUGCUGCUUUUUGUGUUUGUUGUAGUAUUUCUCUUGGCUUAAGUUCUUCAAGUAUUAAUUAAAUGUUUUCAUCGUUCAAGAUGUAAAAUUAACGUGUCAUGCUUUGGAUAGAUUACCUAUUGAAACUUUCAAACUUGUGAGCCAUGAAUCAUUGAAAAGGUCUCUUUUCUUUGUUUCAGUACUGAAAUAUUGAAUGUAUGAUAAUUUUAUAUAUAUAUUAUUCUUUUCUUACCAUUACAACCAGCCAAAAUUUAUUGUUUUUUAUGAAAUGCUUUUAAAAAUUUUUUUGUUAUUUUGCUUCAACUGCAAAGAAAAUAAUCCUCAAGUGUCUAUGAGUAGUAAUAAGGGCUACACUAGGGAGUAACCAAUCAGAGGGGCAGCAGAAAUUUUCUCGAGCAAUCAGAAUCGCGCAUUUCGCCCAUGUGACUUAUUGACGUCACAAAUGCCCAUAUAUGGGCAUGGUUAUUCACGUGACCCCAUGGAAUAAAGAACACACGCACACAAGAGUUGAAUCUACAUUCUUCACAUAGUUUUAAUGACCGCGUAAAGCCCUGGGUACAAGCGGGACGUGUGACACCCUAAUGACGUCACGCCCAUUACAAAUCUAAUAGCAGGUCGAGUUCGUUCCCAAUUCUCUCGUAGCCAUAGGGAUAACUGGAUCGGGUGGCGACAUCGAUGACGCGCUUGUCGAACACCAACCCAUACUGCUUUACGCGUGGAACCACUUGAAUUUGUUUCUGUUCUAAAUCUCGUUUGAAAUAAUAAGGGUUAGUUAUGUUCAAAUUGCGUCGAGAGUCCUGGGGCGAAUCUAAUUCCGAAAGAAUGUUCUCUUUCAUGGUCUGAAAAUUGAGAAUAGCUGACCCACGGACGUUCAGCGUGAAACCGCGUACCUUGCACACCACUUUGCCACCACGGGUCUGGUACCCAUAAUUCUUGGCGCCCCCCGAAACAAACUCGGUGAUGACGUCUCCAUCUAAUUCAUCCGUCAUAUCCCCCAAAAAAUCCCCGGUGGCAAUGCUGGGUUGACCGGGACGCCACUUGUACACCACACUAUCGGUAUCGUAAUAAAGGACUUGCUGUUGAAGGGUGUCCAGGGACUCGUAGAGCUUUAAUCGAGCAUGACAGGUAGUGAAAGCUGCUACGAAAAUAUUGGUCUUGGUCCCUUUGACAGCAUUGUCGUGGACACUGGUGUAGACAGCUUCCAAGAUAUCGUCGGUGCAAAGGCGGAGGGUGCUGAGUUCGAGGGCGGCAUCAGAGAUGAGAUUGAACAAAUCGGCGGGGUGUUGAACGGUGACGGUGGUGGGUUUGUUGAUUCGCUCCCCGAAUUUUCCCCAGAAACUGUUCAGCAUGAGCUUGGCCGUGGCCUUGCGACCGGGAUUUUUGGCAAUACUGGCAAUGUCCAGUCGGAUCCCUUCCCGUUCCUGGUAACGAAGAAUGUAGUUGCGUUUUUGCUCGAGGGUCUGACACCAACUGGGCCAUCCCGCGGAUUCUUGUUUUAACUUGAGCCACGUGUUCACGUAAUCGGCAAAAAGACCCGUUUGGCGUUGCUCGGGGGGAAAAUGCCAGACUUCGUGAAUCUUGAUCAGCGUGUACCCCUUUUCGACGGCUUUGACUAACUCGGGUGUGCACCAGGUGCCGCGUAGCGUACGAUCCGCAUCGGAAUGAGGGCAAUAAUGGGUUCGGGUCAACAUGGGUUGGGCCUGCUCGGUCUGGACACAGGCACGGCAGAGAGGAAACGUGAGCUUGUUGCCGCUACGCACGGGCAGAACAGGGUGGAACAAACCAGCGGGAGGAAGAAUAUCCACGGUGGCGACACCAAAAUAGGACUCCAGGGACUGGUCGGCGGGUUGCGUGAUGAUCCGCGGAUGCCCGAUGGGAUAGGGACAGUUCUUAUUCACCCACGGGUACAGAGAGGUCACAUCCACAUAGCGUAUUUCCUCGCCUUCUCCAGCCACAGCAUGCAGAGCCACCGCACCGGUUCGACCCCCAAAGAAGGCUUCACGGGGUUCUAGGGGUGCCACCAGAUCGAAGGACGUCAGAAAACGUUGGACGGUUUCAUCCGUGUCCACCAGAUGGUCCCAUUCACACUCCCACAUUUCAAUGACUGUAUGACCCGCUCGGAGCAAUGCCAUGCGUUUGGAGAGCGUGGCUUGAUAGAGUUCCUCCACGGUUCGAUCCGGUGUGGCAUAAUGUUUGGCGGUUCUCACGGGAUAACAGCGGGGACAGCCAUGAUAGAGACAUCCAUGAAACUCGUAGACGGUGCGAGUCACAGGAUCGUAGCCAUCGACGAAAUGACGAUGGGCGCUGGUUCGGAUAGACUGUUCGCCCCCGUUACGAACGUGACGUAUGCGAUCGGCACUGGCCCCUUCUUUGGGAAUGAGGUGUUCUUGGUAAUAGAGCCAUUGCAGGGCCUUGAGGGAUUGAUUGACUUGGGCCCCUCGCCAACCCCCCAGUGGUUCCACAGCAAUAGUGUCGGGGGUCAAAUGAUGCUUGCGCCAAUACAAAUUACAGGCACUGGCAAUGGUGAUACACUUGGCCAUGGGAUUGAAGCCAGCCUGCUGUUCAAAUUCUUGUUGAAAGGCUUCACACCCCGCUUUCAAUAGAGCCACAUCCGAUUUGCAAUAAUCAAUCAUUUCUUGCUUGAAAUGGAAGGGCACGUUCCGACGGACUUGAUCGGCGUGCCAACGGGUCAGUUCGUCUUUCUUUUUGGCCAUCAUGCCGUCGGGAUCGUAAAAUUCCAGAUCAGGGAUGCGACCCACAUACUGUUGGUGGUCGGGGGUAUUAAACAAAUGGGGAAAGAAGCCCUUCUUUAACUCAGUCAAAUUGAAGGUGCUGGGAAAAGAGGCCAUCGGCAUAGGCAAGAAACACAACGAGUCAAUGAAUUUGAUAGGUCUACUCUUGAACGACAACACUUUGGCCCCCACGGUCAGCUGAUCCUCGACCACGCGUUGUUGCUGGUACAGUUCAUGGAGAAUAAACAUGCCAUCGAAGCCUUUCAAAUUAUGAAACACCACGAGAAUCUCCCGCUCGCCUUCACAGUCUGGAACGUCUAUGAGAUCAUCCAAAUCACGCAAAAAUUGUAGGGCACAGUCCUCCCCGUCCAAUACAUGGAUGGUUGUUUCGGCACUGGACGAAUAACAUAACAAAUUGGCUACAAACACCCCUUCCGCAUUUUGCAUGGCUUCAAAAUCCGCGUAAACAAACAGGGGAGGGGGUGGCGCCACCAUGCUACCUCCCCCCUCCUCUGUCGGUUCAGUCUCCUCAUGCUCUACCACGGGCUGAAUGUAACACUUAUGGUCUUGGAUAGGUACCCAUUCCUGACACACGGAACAUUUGGCGUACCCGCACUGAUGACGUUGGUUGGGGAUGACCGUGUAUUGGGCUUGACACUUGCGACAGUUUUUGAUGGAUUGACAUUGUCGGCUGACCACAUGAUGUUGCAUACAAUGGAUACCAUAAAACUUGCGGUGACACAGACUGCAAUACUCGGUGGGGCGGGUGCCACGCACAUAAUCCGGACAAUCAAAGCGCCCACACGCGGAGCAGCGUCUCCCUUGACAAGUGUGAUUGGUUCGAUCGUUAGUGUUGAACCCUCGUUCACAGUCCAGGCAAUAAUAGGAGCGAUUCACAAACGCGGGAAAGGACGUGCAGCCGUCAAAAUGAUCAUUGGACUUGAGUAAACGAAUCUGAUGAGGGGCGGCGGGGCCUUUGAAGAUUAAAAAGAACGGUUUCAUCCGGGUCAUCACCAAGAGUUGAUAUUGAGGUCCCAACGCUUGUUGAAAUUGACGAAGCUCGGGUAAACCACAAGGUCCCUCAGCGACUCCCGCUUACUGAUGGAGGGCCUGGGCUUGACGUUGCUGCACAGGAAGACCACGUUUGAGAUUGUCCCAAUCGCGAAACCCGUCCACGCCUUGAUCUUUGUGGCAAUGGGCACGCAUGGUGACAAUGGCACGGGCACAGCAUAGGGUAUCUCUGUUUCGGAUGGUGACAAUGCAUUGCUUUUUCUUGUUGACUCGAUCCAGGCAUAAACGUCCCACAUUGCGUUGUUUAUGUCGACCGGACCCUGGGCCGGGCAUGGAGACAAACACCACAUCCACUUGGAACCCGCGAUCGGGGUUGAAGGCUUCAUUGCUGUUUAAUUUCCCAGCUAGGGUGGCCAACAUCUCAUCCAAACGAGCGGUGCGUUGUAAAAAUUCCCCCACGGUGAAAUUGGCUGUUUGAUAAGCGUGGGUAAACCCAUGCGCUGUAAUGGCAAAAUUGACAAAAUGAUGGGCGGGUCGCUGCUCACGACCGAGUUCCGUUUCAAUGGCUUGAUGCAAUGCUUCCGUUAACGCCAUCCCAAUAUUGUCCCCAGGACCAGGAUCCCUCAAUUGACGCAAUUGCGCGUUGAAUUGCGCCCGCUCCACCACUUUACGCCAGCGGCGUCGUCGACCUAUAGGUUGCAUGGUGAAUUGGAAGAGAGGGCCUCGGGUGGCGGCAGCCCCUCCCAGCUGUUCCCACCGGUCAUAAGCGCGGUUCAACAGAGCAUCUUCCUCCUCCUCAUCACUGACAGGAUACCAGCGGUCCUCCGCCAUGACGGAGGAGACAAUUUGAAUUUUCCCGCGCCAGACGCUGGCUUUUAUAGACCCAAAAACACGUGAUCAAACGAACGGGGAUUGGUGGAUAGGACUCAGGUGAGAGUCAGGUGAGGGUCAGGUGAGGGGGUUGAUUGGACAGGAGGAGGAUUGAGGGGGGUGCCCCCCAUGGGUACAGAUUUCUCAAGUCUCCGCUGAGCCUGGAUCGAGAUCGCUGAUUGGCGGAGAGAACUCUAGAUAUAGUCCAUCGUUCAGACCAGACGUCAGUUGUGUUCGAGAAUGCCUAACAGAGAUCCCGAGAAGGUGAAAGAAGCUAAGCACAGGUGGUACCUCAAACACAGGGAGAGGAUUGCAACACAGAAGCGUGAGAAGCGGGCGGCUCAGAAAAAGCUCAAACCGCCCAAGCCAUCCAAACCGCCCCCGACCCCUGAAGAGAUUGCGAGAGCCCGAGAGUUGAACCGGUUGGCCUGUAACCGAUACCGAGCCACGCAUUUGGCCCAAGUGCGUGCGCUGAACCGCAAUUACUAUCAUCGUAACCGCGACAAGAUUGUGCAGCAGCAACGGGACCGUCGUGCUCGAAUCAGACAGACGCCCAGUCCAUUCCGAAAGUUGCGGGCCUUGGCGGAUGUGUGUGCCGCGCGUUUAUUAGAGCUGGAUCAUGGAUACGCCAGGAUUGCGCCAGCCCCCCAAGAAAACAAAACGGGACCCUGAAAAAACCAAACAACAACAAAAACGAUAUCGGCAGCGCCUGUACGCGGCCGUGAAUGGAAUCGAGGAUGUGAAGGCCAUCCACCGUCAACGCUACCAUGAACGGAUGGCUCGUAUGAAAGCCAAUGGGGAGUACGAGGCCUUCAAGGCCAAAAAGACCGAAGAGGGCAUGCGGCGCUACCAUGCCAUGACCGAGGAGCAGCGAAGUGAGGUCAAACGCAAAAACAACCAAUGCCAAAAAAACUGGAUGCAAAAAAUGAAAGACAAGGGGACGUACGAGGCGUACCGACAGCGAUUAAAUGCGCGGCGGCGGGAGAUUGCCAUCGAGAAAAAGCGUGUGUCGGGCGAGGAAGGUGGAAAGCGCUACAGAAACAGAGAUACGAGAAGCGGAUGGAAUCGAUUCGGCGUCGAGAAUGGUCCUGGUUGGACGAGGCCUUGGAGCGUCCCUUUCCAUUACCGUGGCUGCCCUUAGACUGGGCCGAGUCCGAACCUGAAGAGGAGGACAGGGUGCAGAUCCUUCGUGCCGAGGCAUUACAGCAAAUGGACAUGUAUUUGUAAGAACAAAAAUGAAGUUUAAUUAAAACAUGUGUGAUUGAACAAAGUGGUCUUGUUUAUGAUUAAGGGGUUUACAUGCCCAAUCGGAGUUUGGCUUUCAUAAUGCGUCUAACAAUACCCUCUGUUAAGUUUUUACUGCCAGGGAGUUGAUCAAUCUUGGCAAUCAUCUUGCGAUCCGCUGCCCAUUUAUCUUUCAAAUUCUUGGCUUUAUCAUAAUCGAUGUCAUGGGCUUUAGCAAUCCUGUCCAACCGGUUGAUGCCGGGAUCCCCACGGGCCAAUCGUUUCUUUAAAUGGGUACCAGGGCCCAUGUACUGAUAACCGGGCCAAUGAAAUUCAAUGCCGGUCUUGUUGAGGAGGUUUUGUACAUCAAAUAACUUGCCGCCACGUUGCGAGCGUCGUCGUCGUCUCGAUCGGGAACGGGGCGCCGCACGGCGUCUACGAGUUCGUCCCAUUUUUUACGGGGUUUUCCACGAUUUCCAAUCCAGGGCUUUCUUGGCCGCACUGGUGGCUGUCUUUUUAGCAACGCCAGCGGCUCUUUUGCGAAUCCCGCGCUUGACCGCUUUCUUGAUGGAUUCCACACGUUCACUGGGGGUAUCCCACGGUUCUACACCGUACGUGUCUGAAAAAGGCAGAUCUUUGGCCAAUUCUUCACUACUCAACGGGGUUGUGAACUGGAGUUUCUUUUUGGCACUGGGGAUGAUCUUUGGUUUAGGCGGGACAGGUGGUUUUCUGGGUCCACGAGUCGGGGUGCCUUGUUUUAUACCCUGGGUGGCCUUGACCAAUUGUGUGAACCAUGCUUGCAUCGGGCCCGCCUCAAAAUCAUCGUCGCCCGGGGUCGUGGCCCCUGCGGCACUCACACCUCCAGCUGCGGCUCCAAACGGUUGGCGCACUUUUUUGGUCCAAUGGCGUAAUUGACGGCUCACGGCUUUGAGUUGAGGCCGUUUCCAAGCAUCGGGGGCAUCACUGGUCAGCAGUACAUGUUGUUUGGCGGCUAAAUCAGCCGCUUUGGUCAAACGGGUAUCUUCCACCAAUUCUUGUUUGUACUGGUCUCGUAAUUGUAAAAAUGCCGGGGCGUUGUCCACCGUGGUGCUCACCAUCUCGGGUUCCAUGGUGCAACUGAGGGGUCUGGUCUAGCGCAUGCAACGUUUAUAACAUCGGUAGAGUUCGGGCCAGAGGGCACCCCCUUUUUGAGCCAUCAUGAUGGCGCGUCGUCGUUUGACGGAAUGAGCGGGUUUGGCCAUGGCGCGUAAACUCUGGGCGUGAGGUUUGAGCAACGUAAUGGUCUGUCGGGAACGGGGCACCGUGCCACGGAGAGUGUUCAUCACCAAUUCACUGAUGGCAUUGAUCUGAUCCGCAUUGGCCAUCCUCAACAAUUCUUGUCGUUUGUGUUGAUUGGCUUCUUGUAAGACACUUUUUAAGAACGGGGCUUGACGUUCCAUGCGCCAGGCCAUGAUGAAUCUUAAGUUCAGGCAAGGACCAAGGUCUAUUUAUGGUAAAAAUGCGCCACACCGACCACACAAUUCGCCAUGAUAAUGCUGUUGCAUGUGAUGUCGACACCGUGAACACAAGGCCGCUUCAUACUGGUCGUCCCAAUCCAAAGCAAACGUCACGGCUUUUCGUUGGGGUCGUCGUCGGUUAGUCCGGGCGUCGAAGGCGGACUCUGGGUUUGUAUUUCCUGAGCCACAAAGGCGAGAGAGCCAUUGCCAAAAGCGGUAGCCUAGCGCCGCGUUGGAGUCCACGUCGCCGGCGUCGUAUUCGAGGGACAUAACGAUGUCGGCGUCCGUUGGGUCCACGGACCAUCUUCAAUGAGAGUCUUGUGUCCAACCAGGCGUUUCUUUUAUACCAUCCCCAGAAUCCGCGCUUUUUAUACUAUUUUUUUUUCACAUGAUCGAACAAUUAAACGAUUCCCCCGCAUAUUUUUUCCGUUUGCCUGAAGCCACUUCCCGUCGACGUUUUUCACCAAUUUUGAUGGCACGCUUGGUUUGAUGCUCUCCGAUGGCUUUGCUACCAGCAUAGCCAGCUUUGCCAAUUCCCACAAUGAGACCCGGCGAGACACCCCCUACUUGACUGUAGGUCACACGCCGCCGUCGACGUCGAGUCGUCCUGCGUUUGCGUUUGGGUCCCAUGACGACUCCUUUUGGAGAGCUGAACACCACGAUCCUCUUUUUUAUACAUGUCACAUCAAGCUGCACCCCGCUUUUUUGGCAUACCCCUUCUUGACCACCCACUUGUCGUACGAGUCCUUGCUACCACUGGCGCGAUACUGGCGUUUAUAGUCGGCCACCUGUCGUUUGUUCGCCUUCAUCUCGGCUUUGGAAGGAAUCUUCCACAUAUUCUUGUCUGUCAACAACUCAAAGCCUUUUUUGACAUCCACGAAGAACGGUGCCGACCCACCCUUGAUCCUACGUCGACGUGAUCGGCGUCAGGUCGUGGUGCGUUUGCGUCUAGGGGCCAUCGCGUGUCGACAUUUGCCACACAUGGUACUAGGACGGUGGAAGGGAGGCCCCUGUUUUUAUAGCCUUGGUUCACGGGCGUACGCCCCGUCCGCGUGCUCGGCCACGACCGCGUGCUCGGCCACGGCCCCGUCCUCGGCGUGGUGAUCUGGGUGGACUUGGGCUGGACGUUCGGGUGGACGUGCGGCGCACUGACGGUCGCCCUCCCCCAUCUUCGUAGACCGUGGUGACGGUAUUGGUGUGCGUGAUGUUGCGAAUACGUCUGCCCCGAGCCCGUUGUUGAGCAUCUUCAUUGAGCAAAUCCAACCGUCGCCUUAAUCCCCGCCGUCGUUCGUCGUCAUCAUCAUCGCCAUCCUCUUCAUCGGACGGAGGGGACGAAUCGGGGGACGGUGGGGAGGGCACGCGGGGACGUCGUCGCGGUUGUUUGGCAGCAAUGGUGGGACGUCCAGUGGGGGUCGUCACCGUCGAGGUAGUGGUCCUGGUCCCUGCCCCGGCGCUGCGGCGGCUGGUGGAGGGGCGGGAAGGCGCGGUGGUGGUCGUGGCGGUGGUGGCAGGGCGUGUUCGGGUGGACGUGACGGGUCGACUGGUGGUGGUGGUGGUGGUGGGGCGUGUUCGGGUCAAUGUGGUGGGACGGGUUUGAGUGGCCGUGGUGGUGAUGAGGGCGGUGGUGAUGGUGGGUGGUGGUGGCGGUGCUGUGGUGGUGGGGGCAGUGCCAGUGCCCGCCACGGGCGGUAACGUGAACGCAGUCAAGGCAUCGUCUACAUUGACCGGGUAGGUCAAAUUGAAAUCGUCAAUGUCUUGCUCCAAUUGGGCACGAUCCACGGGUCGAGACAAUUCGGCCACCAUGUCUGUCAUGCUGCUGAGAUCUCGGAGGACCGAGGGGGAGCCUACCCCCGCAGGCGAGAGGGUCGGCGAGUCCAUGCGAGCCGCUAACUCAGUAUGUUGUCCGCCUUCUCUUUGUCGACGGACCCUGGCGAGUUCUCGUUGCAGUUCGUUUUCGAACGGCAGGGACAUCCGCACGCAAGGUGUGGACUUGCGCCUUGCCUUCUCGAGGCGUUAAAUGACUCCACAGGCGGUAGCGAUCAUCCGACGCAGGAUGUACAUCCAACAUCAAAUAGCCAAAGGGACGGGACGUGAUGCGUUUAAAUAGGCGCAAGACUUGACGCCACCGAUCCGGAAAGGCUUGUAAUAAAAUCGUCCGUAUGCCUGUUUGAUCCCGGGGGUUUUUGAACGCCACAAUGUAAUGCGCGUUGCGAUUGAUGGUCUUGGAAAAUUUGCCAGGUGGGAAUAAAUCUUGUGUCAAAUACAGCACCGUGAUGUUACGAUGAUGCGAAUCUUUGGUGAACAAAUCCAACACGCGCUUGUCUUGUCCCCCUUCUUCCAUCAGGUCGUCCAAGACCAACACCCCGCCGCGCGUCCGACCAAACCAUUGCGUCAAAUGACGGGGGUCCGGUAACCCGCGAUGAAACUGAAUCCCAUCUUUUUGUUGCAUACGAUCGAACCGGGGUUGCCAACGAUCAUAGGCAUACACAAUCUUUUUGGGUUUGACUUGAAAGACGUUCAGGUACCGUAACCAUUGUUCCACCAAUUCGCUCUUGCCACUGCCCGACGAUACUGGGUUGUCGGAUCAUGAUUCCCACGGUCGAGGGUGACGUCGAUAAUGACCGGUGGCCCCUUUAGCGCCCAUGCGUUUAUACCGUUUGUCGCGUCCCAAUUUAUCGCCAAUUUUAUACGCUUUGGCCAACACGCUCAUGAUGCCUCGCCCAUUUUGGCGAAAGCGGGGUCGUCGGGUGGAGGUGCGCUGUCGUCGUCAUCUGGGCAUACUGUCCAAUAUUCGCGGUAUAAUCGGGGGGACUCGGACUGAAUCAGCCCUUCCAUGGUCUCUCUUAAAUACGUUUCACCUAUACUGUCCAUGUAGUGCUUGAGGGAGACCCAGUCUUGGUCUUGCGCCAAUUGUCGAGCCACUAACCAAUGAUACCCAUCCCAGGCAUCGAUGCCUUGGACCGUGUUGACCCGCUCGAUCGGGUGUUCCCACCAAUACAAGGUUUCUUCGAGAAUGAACGCAUCCACGACGCGCUGGACAUCGGCUCGCGUAAUCAUGAUGAUGAGACACAAUGACCACUCUUUCACCACACACCUCGUUUUAUGGGUUUUUUAUUUCAACACUCACAAAUGAUUACAAGUGAUAAAGGCCUGGCGGCUCACAUUCUUUUGCCCCCCUUCAGGUCGGGCAUCCACUUCAUCUUGUAAUUCCCGUUUAAUCAACCGUUUCAACUGCUCGGCCACUUUUUGAUCAUUCAACACUAAAUUGUCGCAACUCCAUUGACUUAAAAAUUCUUGAUACGACCGUCCUUGUGCACGGGCUUUCAAGAAAAAUAAAGCAUAUUGGCCACAGGUUUGACUAUCCAGGGCUUGCAGAGUCUGAUCACUGCGCGUCAGGUACUUCCAUUGACCCCACCAUUGGUGCAGCUCCGGGUUGGUGUACACGUGCAGGGGUAGACCAUAACUGUCAAAGACCUCGCACUGGUUCUUUUCCGUCCACAGGCCCAACCAAUGCUGUCCCGGUUCUCCCGCUGGAUCGGUGUUGACAAUGUAGGCUUGACGGACACUCUUGGCAAGGGAUCGGGGGAGUUGGUCGGCUGGGUGCACCCCAUGAAACACGCGUCGUAAUUCGGGGUCCUCCAGGGCCAGGGUCCGCAACACAGUAUCACUGAGCGCCACAAACUCCAUGACCAGUGUCUUCUGACUUCUGAGGCAAUCUCAUCCGUUGAUGUUGUACUUUAUACCUCCCAGAUGAUUGAUCUCAUACAUGUUUUCAUACUCGCUCCACACCAACACGGUGAUGUUAUGACCCACUGCAGCGGCAAAAUCAAUCACCAGUCGCACAUUACCCGAUUGACGGGGGUUGCGAUACUGGGGGUCAUCUGCUUUUCCACUGGGCACAUUGUUGAACAUGAACAACGUGCAGUUCUUGCCUUGUCCCCAAUCACCAGGCAACAGCAUAAGGAUCUUGUCUUCAUUGUAGGCACCCAUGGCUUGUUGAAAUCGAUCGUACCCCAGCAGAUCUUCAUAGGCUUGGUCUCCAGUCAGUUGCAGGGUUCUGUAAGGGUAUUCUUCUCCAUUCAAGGUCUGUCGUACUUGGGUGACACCAAACUUUUGAAAGGCAAAGGGGUAUCUUUGCAGGUCUCCAUUGAAGGUAUUGGAAUGCAAUAACCCGACAAUCACUCGAUCAGGAAAUCGACCCACAAACACAUUGUCAUGUUCGCACUGGGUGGUGCGUUCAUCGAAGGAAAACGUGCGAAUUUCGCUCCGCACGACGGGGUAGCGGGCAAUCUGUUUUGCAAUCUGUCUUUCUUUCUGCAGUCUGACAUAGACGCUGGCAUUCAGGGUCACUUUUCUCAUCAGCAAGGUGACUUUGAUGUCAUCAUUGUGGAUGGCUGGAAAUUUCUUGGUAGUCAAGGUGCCUUUGUUAGGGGUACCCAUCAGGUAGACAGUGUUGGGGUUCAGGAAGAGUUCAAAGUCCAUCUGGACAUUGGGGACCAACAAUUUGCCUGUCUUGAGGGGUGGCAAAUGGGGACGAAUGAUGAAGGUGUGCCAAUGUUCAGUCAGCAACCGGCUGGUCAGGGCUCGCAAUUCUGUAUUCCCACUCCAAUUCGCAUUGGUGGGGACAUCCGAAUUGGCUCCUGUGGCUCCCAUGAUUGGAAUCACAUUCAGCUGAUUGACCCAUCCUUGUGGGGCUAGCUUGGUGGCUCCUUCGUCUCGGUUGAAAUUCAGCAGGGUUUUUAUGUAGGCUCUGUAAUAGUAGGUGUUGCUCUGUUCUGUCAUGAGGACGCCAUUCAUGCUCAUGGUGAUAUCUCGAAAGAUGGUGUGACCGAAAUUGUUGACGCAGUACGUGCUCUUGGAAGUGUUGGCAUCGGAGGCCGCGGUCAAAUCGGCACUCAAUCCAGUAUACCCAGCCGCUGGAUCGGUCAGGCGCACUUUGACUUUGAAUCGGAGAGAAUUGGUAUCGUAAUAAUCGUCGGAGCCUGGGAUGGAGAAGGUGAUGGGUUGGAUGCCUGUCAAGGCGGGUUGAAACUCCACCUCCCGAGAGGCUUCGUACCGAUAAUCCACAUCGGGCACGUCAAAUAGACUGAGCGACAUGAUGCGGUCUGUCCACAUGGUUCAACGGCGUCCUCUUUUUAUACCUUUUCGUAGUCUGUACCAAUCAUGGAUGGGAUGCGCGGCGGGAAAGGGACGGUGAGGAAAAUCGAUUUGGAUGCGUUUUUUCAAUUGGCUGAAGACAUUGCCCCCUCUCUGCUUCCUGGCUUUGGCUUGAUUGGCCCACAACACUUUUCUGAGAUCCCCUCCUUUCAUGCGGCGCAAGGCCUGCUUUAUCCUCCAGGGUUCGGGGUUGAUUCGAGGCGAAGCCGAUGGGAACCUCAAAGGAUUGUUCUGCCUGCGAGUGGAUUUGCCAAAAAUCGUGCCCCCUUUCAUCUUGCGGCGUUGUUUCAUGUGUUUCAGGACCAUGGGAUCCAAUAGGCGAGACGACGUGUGCAUCAACGGAUAACGCGCCAUGGUCGACUUGCCAAAGAUCGUGCCCCCCACUUGAUACGGCGAAAUGAACCGUCCACGGGCGCGUUGCCGUCGAAUGCGAUUUUGCGUUUUGAGAAAGCCUCCUACACGUACCAUUUUUACAGUCCAAAGAUAUCCCGUACGCGUUGCGUGGCUCUUUUAUAGGUAUUUUGGGCGGUCCGUUUGACCUUGUGUUUGCCAGCCGUCCAAGCCAUGGCAGGGGCUUUGCGUUUCAAGCCGCGGCUGAGUUGGGCACUUCGAUCGGCCCACGUGUCCGCGGCACUCUUUCCUCGUUGAAUAUCUUGCAGUCCCGCUUGAACUUGUUGCACGAUCAGGGGUCCCGCCAGUUUGAUCAAGUCUUCCGCCAAGCCUUUACCCUCUUGCUUGGUGAGCACGGGCGUGUGGUACCGCGUUAAACUGCCUCCGCGCAUGGUUCACGUCGAGUUUUGGACCCACGUGAUGUUGGGGGUGACUUUUUAUAGCUUUUUGAGACCAAUGGUCACCAGGGUUUUGCCCGGGGGUAAGAUGGCCAGGGGUCCACUGGUACUGGCAAUCUCCACUUCCAAGAUAUCCAAUUGUUGGCCUCGUAGUUUGAUCCAUUGGUGGUGCAAGGGUUCUGCCGUACUUUCCCCAUCGCCGGUUCUCAACAAUUGCACUUCCCGUAACAGGGGAUACUUGCCACUGCCCACCACGGUGGAUUCGACGAGAUCCGAAUAGACCAUGACGGUGCGUUUGCGAGUCCCCACGAUCUUUUCAAACGAGGCAUCCAGGUUGUUCAACCGCCAUUCAAACGCCGGGAACAAUCUCAACCAUUUCACAUUGUCGGCUGUCACGAUCGAAAAGGCUUGGCUGGUGAAGUUGACCCCCUCGUACACCUCUCCUUCCCAAUUGUAAUAGUUACGAUAUCGACUACCGACGGGGCCCGUGGUCUCAUCAUAGGUCUUGACGGGUAGAGAAUAUUGCAGAUUCGGACCCAGCACAAAAUCAGACGUGGCGUACCCAGUCUUGCCCGUCUUUCUGCGCAGCAAGCCAAACUUGAGCGCAAUGACCAAGUUGAUGUAAAACUCCACCAUGGUAAUUUGAUUUGCGUUCAGCAAUUCUUCUUUGGCAAUCGCUUCAAUCACCAAACUCUCUCCUUUCCAACUCAGUUGAGGCAUGCCAUGUUUUUUGACAAACACAAUCGGUUUUCGGUCGGCUUCUCUGAUUAGUGCGCCCCAUUGAUCUUUCAUCGCAGUCCACAUGAUGUUCUUAUGCAACGUUUGCAUCACGCGUUUCCAAAACUGACUCCCUGUCGACACGAUUUGACUUGGAUUCAUGACAUCUUCCAAUUCGACCACGCCGGACACCUUUGGGACCUCUACACUCAAAUACCCUGAGGUCGAGGGGCUGCCCGUGUCUGUCCAUUUACGCACCAUUUGCGGAUAGGUGUAUCGGAUCACUUUGGUAUGCGGAUCCGCCGCAAUGAUGGCAUUGCUCUGGCCUUGAUCCGGCACGGUCAGGGACAACAACGAGGCAUGCCAGCCCUCGCCCGGUAAGCUAAGGCGUUCGGGCAGACGGACCUUGAAACUGUUGUUGGCAUUGUUGGGAAACUCGUCGGUCGGAUCGCUGAUGAGCGUCAAGCGUUUAAUCUCACUCAUGAUGAUGAAGAGGCACGUCCCCGAGAGUGCCGGGUCCUUUUAUAGCCACUGGUCCACUUUCUGUUUACUGCGAGGGACGCGUCCCACCAACGAAUUGAAGGUCGAUUGUUUGGGAUGAAAACACACUUGCUGGGCAAUGUUGGGAAAGGCCCGGGCCAGUUCCAUCAGGGUCAUGCAGGUCUUUUGUUUAGGGGGUUUCUUCUUACGCAUGGGUGGAUGACGACCGGCGCGUCGGCGUUGUUUUUUCUUGGGUGGGGACCGUAGAGCCCCUCGUUUCUUGGCAUACUCCUCAGCUCGAUGGUAGGCAUUGGCGUAGGCCCAUUGCUGCUUGGUGGGACUGGCCAACUUUUCCCACCACGGUUGGGUUUGCCGUUGUUCGGCGGCUUUUUUCUGGAUGAAGUUCAUAAUGUCUGCGUCCGUGGUAGGGGGUGGCGUGUAACUGGCCCGUGGACGGCUGGAAUCCGCUUGGACUUCAUCGAGAAACCGGACCCGCUUUUUUCUUUUUCGAGGCGUUAUUUUGACGCGGACCAUGUUGCGCAGGAAUCCAACUAUCGUAUUUGGCCGGCCACCCUUUCCACCGGACCAAGACCUGACGUCCUUUCCGUUUCAAGACUUUUUCGACCCGAAACAACGAAUCGUCCGACACUUGGACUUUUUGGACAUCGGGUUCGUAAAACGUGCCUUUUAUAGGCGUGCCGUCCCAUUCACUAAGUCGAUAAGUGACCACGGGAUGACGACGCACGUGCGUGACCACAAACACUUCUUCCGUCCAGCCCGGCAAAUACCCUUUUUUGAAGGGACGAUGUUUCUUGUUGAGACGUACCCGAUCGCCCACGCGACAUUUGGGCGGGGGGAUCUUGGGGUGCAAACGCGACCCGUAGAGUCUCUCCCACACCUCGGGCACCGUCUUGGGGGUGACUUGGUGCGGGGCUAGGCCAAUACUGCGAUGAUAGGUGUGAUUGUACGUAUGAAUCAAGGGUUGUAACACAUCCACGUACCGUAACGUAUUGUGCGCGGUGAAAUACCGGUACAUGCGCUGUUUCAAGGUACGAUGCCAUCGUUCCACCACCGAGGCUUUGCUAUCCCCAUACGUGGAAAAAUGAUGCGUCCCCUGUUUCUUGAACCAGGCUUGCACUCCUCGAUUGUAAAAUUCUUUGCCUUGAUCCGUCUGCACGCGGAGGGGUCGUCGUGGCGAGGCUUGCUUGUAAAUGCGGGUCAACCCUCGGAUCAUCUCGGACGUGCUUUUGGAUUUGAUGGGCACGGCCCAGGCAUACUUGGACAGGACGUCGAUCACGGUCAACAAAUAUUUGUUCCCCUGAUUCCAUCGACUGAGUUUUUGCAUGUCCACUAAAUCCAUUUGCCAUUGUUCGUCUCGGUCAAAGACCAACGUGGGUGUGGUGGGAAACCGCGUCCGUCGGGGUUUGUGGAGCGUAUAGCUCAACACGGAUUGAAGAAUCUGUUGCGCUUGCGGGGUUUUCAAUUUAUGGGCUUGGGCAAAUUGUUGGACCCCACCCAAGGCCCCAGGUUCUUGGGGAUCUUCGUAAGCGCGUGGCAACGACAUCAAGACACUGACACACUCUCCGAGCCAAUUUCUGUCUUUAAUAGUUUUUUUCACAAACACCUACAUUUUUCAAAACAAACCCGAGCUCCCAAAGUUCUUAUGCAAAUGGCGCCUUCUCUCAAACUCUCUCUCCUGGGCUUUGACGGAGUCUCCAAACUGAUUCAACCACGGAUCAUGCUUUAUCUUUUCUAUCGCUGGGUCUGGCCUCUCUACAUAGCGCAUCUCUGUAUGGUGCAUUCCCCAGGGUCUCUCCUUCUCGGGGUCUUUCAAAAGAGGGACAGGACAGUCCUUGACAAAUCGUCUCAGGGUCGGUUGCGCUUGCUCUCGGGGACACCACAGGGGACCAUGGAGCCAUUGAAAGUAGCCACAGGGUUUGGCAUGGGUGAGAAGGCUCCCACAACUGAAAAACACUUUGUUGUAAUUCUUAGCGGUGCGACUCAAUUUCAUCUUGGGGACAAACCCACAUCGGCACUUGAGUUCUCCGUAUUUCACUCGGGCACGGACUUGAGGAUGCGUGUCUUCUUUCAAUUUCUCCAUCAUCACCUCCCGUGUGUCUUCAAACAAAUAGACCGGACACCUUUCUUGGGGACACUUGAACCUUAAGGGACCAAAAUUGGAUUGGGGGUUGACGCAUUCAAGGAAUCGAUGGGGAUGAAACGGGCAUGCUUCAUAGAGGAGUUGGUUCAACUGGGUGUCCAUCUGCUCCAGGUCUUCCCAUUCCCCCACUUCCGUUGCUGGCUCCGACUGAAACGUCCCUUCCUCGACACAUUCUUCUUCAUACUCUUUCAAAGUGCCCUCCAUCAAAUCGUUCACGGAUUGAUCCGUGGGGGAGGGUGUGGGCAGUGGCGUCAGGUCGGCCGCUUUAGGCAAGGCGUUGAGAGCGAUCACCAGUUCACUGGUAGGGGGUUGAGUGGCUUUCAUGUCUAGGGCUUGCGCUUGGGCUUCCUCCUCUUGUUUUUGUUUCUUACUUACGCGACGUCGUUUGCGUCCCGAAGGCACCGCCGCAGGUUGAGUGGCCUGACGAUCCAUCCCUCGACUGAACUGACUCUGAGUGAACGUCUUGCCUGCCUUUUAUAGCCCCUCCUCCUAUAUCUCGUGAUGCUCAUACGAUCUUUUUUCCACCAAUCCGGACUCGUUCUGGGCUCUCGUGAGAGUGGUGUGAUCCGUGGGUCCACCAAUCAGAGACCACCCCAGUGGCUAUAAAACCAGCGAGGUGUCAAACGACCCUCUCAUUCGUCGCGGUCAACUUGAAACGGUAAGCAUGGCGCUCCAUGAAGUGGGUCUCUUGGUGUACAGUCAGGGGUUUGCCCUCUCCCGAGACGAGUAUAUUAUUCGAGAACUGGCUUUUUGCGAUUGGACGGGGCAUCAUCAUGGAUUGUUCAAAUACCUGUUACCCACAGGCGUGUCGUACAAUCAAUUAUCCGAGGAGGCCCAAACGCGCGUCGAUCGUCAGACCCAGACGGUGCAUGGCUUGCCCUUUGAACCCUUUUUGUCGGAUUACAAUCGUCCACACUUUCAUCCCUACGAACAGAUGCGAGACGAUAUCACCCGUUGGUGUCAACAGCAUCUCACCCCCCAGCGGGAACGAUUGGGGGUGUUCACGCUUAAUGGGUUGUACCGACUGUUUCAAGAGCCCCCGUUUGCCUACCCUCUCGUGGUCCUGGAAGGGCAGGGUUGCCGGGAGUUGGCUUCUCUUCCCACCGCCACCGUCAAUGUCCUGGCUACCAAUGAUCAGGGUCGCAAUUGGUGCUUGGAUCAUCAUCAUGGAGCCCGUGGGAGUGGCGUCUGGCACGAUUAUUGCGCCCGCGUACGGGUCUGUCAAAUGAGUGGAUGGUUACGUCGUCAGACCCAUGUCCUGCCUACCCUCUCGCAAGUCAACGCCCAACGCGUGCUGUGGCAAAAACGGUGUCAUCGAAUGAUGGAUUAUCUGUUAUGCAAUUAUUGUAAAGACGAAAAAGACGACGCCUUUGCUCGAGGGCAAGGAUUGGAUUGGAUUCCCGAUAAUUGCAACGAAUGCAAAACAGUUCGAUGCAUUUUCGAACAAACCGUCACCUGUCGGGAAUGGCAAACACCCAGACUGUAUGCCGAUGAUGAACCGCAUACCAUGUGGGCUUGGACUCCCAUCCCUCAUGAUAAACGCUGAUUUUUUUUCAUUUUUCAGAACAUGCUCAUUUACACAGGCGGUGCCAAAGGUGUGGACACGCAUGCAGAGCGAUUAUGUCACUUGUAUGGUCAUACGUGUGUGGUCUUUAUCCCACCCUGUCACCCUCGAUCCAAGUCCCUCACGCCCUUGACCCAGGCCGAGUUGGAUGCUGCCACCUCCAUGGUCACCCAGGUGGCGUUUCGAUUGGGUCGACAAAUCCAUCAUCCCAUCAGCCUCCAGUAUAUCCAACGCAAUUAUCACGUGAUCCAACCUGCGUCCCUCGUACUCGCCUUGGGUCAUUUUGACGAAUGUGGCAAGCAUCUGUUGGGUGGCACAGGAUGGAGUGUGGUCAUGGCCCAGCUUUUAGGCAAACCCCUCUAUGUGUUUGAUGUGGAUAAGGAACAAUGGUGUUGGUGGAAUCCCGACACUCAACAAUAUCUACCCUGUGACGGCAUGACCGAGACCCAAAUCGCUCCACCCACCCUCCAAGACAAGACCGCCAUUGUAGGCACCCGAGAAGAAGACCCAGUCCUUUAUCCCACCCUGGAAGCUUUAUUCAAACGCCAAUAAAAACACUGCUCUAUAGAAAAAUUCACUUGUUUUAAUCUCAAUGUAUGUCAAUGACAAUAAAAGACAUGGCUGAUAUAGUGUUCGUAAUCAAAUCUAGUCUCUUCAUGACUUUGUCCAGGGUAUCAUAGGCGCGCUUCCUCCGGCCAAUCAUGACGGGGCGUUGAACCACGGGACAUUGGGGGAUCUGAUGUUUGAACCGGUCAAUGAUGAAGGCAAUGCCCUCAUUCAUCACCUUGUCCAGAUUGGGAGGGACCCAUGCCAUCUCCGUCAUCAUGCCAAUCUGAAAACCAGAAAAAAAGUUUCUCAGCGUCAAGGUCAUGAGAAGAAUGUGGCUUAAAAAAUCACUCACCGACAACCGGUGAUCCAUCAUACGAUGGCAAUGGUGGCAGCCAUUUUUCCGGGGGGCAUGCAGUCGCACCACCACUUGGUUCCACCACCGACCUUCGCCCAGGUUUUGGGGAAAGCCUGUCAAAUCGCAUUUGGGCAACCCUUUCAAUUCCUGCACCACCUUCUUUCUCUUGUCCAUCGUGUAAAAACAGUGCACCCAAAACAUAAUCUUGACUUGCACUUCCAGGGGCAACACGCAGCCAAACGGCUUGUUCCUGGGGUCGACUAACCCUCGGCAGUCCAUGUUGACAGUGCUAAGCAUGGAAUGGGACCUCUCUGCUCUGUUCCCCCUUAUUCAUGGGUUCCUUGGACCAAUCACCCACUCGCGCCAGGACUUGGGGUCCCACCCAAAAAAGUGUACCCAUGGGGGGUACCCCCUAGAAUCUCCUCUCGUGGUCAAACUCCCCCACGUGAUGUCUCCACCAAUCAGCUCCUCUCAUGGAGUCUCUAAAUCCCGUUGCGCGCUCCGUGUGAGCUCAUUCCAGUUUGAUCAGUCACGCUGUUCAAGAUGGUCAACUCGUUGCAGUCACUGGUGUUGUUCUCUGUCCCGAUUGCUGUUCUCUUCGACAUGCUCAAGAUUCUCCAUCACCUCCCGAUGGGCCAUGAGUGUUUCCGUGCGCUAUUCCGUCGCUGCACCCACGAAGAGCUGAGAGCGUGGGCCAAAACGCUGCCAUGGGACCACCCCAUCGCCCGGAAAUUAGACCACGAGGUUCAUCGCCGCCGCAUGGCUGGUGAGUUUCAUGGCUUUUCAUUUUUCGGGUGUGGGUCCCUUUUUCCUUAUAUCUUUUUUUUUUUUGAUUUUUAUAGAGGUAUUCAAGGGGUUCGAUUUUCUACGAACCGUGCUGUGGCCUGUCCACCUAUGUCUUUGCCCUCGACGUGCCAGACUCAAUUGGGCUGCGCGGUUCUGGGUUCCAAACUGUUCGUGUUAAUUUUUGUUUGUUAGAUUCUUGGGAGUAUAUGGAAAACCAACCCGUGUGCCACAUUUACCAGUGGGUCGCCCAUCCCACCCCUGGCGGAGUGUGCAACCAUUGUGAAAGGAUGAUGGAUGGGUUACGUUUGGAUGACAUUAUUGCUGGCAACCGGGAGGGGUCCCCCACCGAGGAUGAGAUUGUGCAAUAUGUGCAGGAUGGGGACCCCAACCAUCGAGACUGGGACGAUUUUCCCUUACGAAUGACGUUCAGGAUAAAUUCGUUUCUCCGGGCCCAUGGUCCUGUGGGUGAACCAGAUUUAUUCGCGCUUGGCUUUUUAGAGGAGGAUUAAUUUUAGUUAAUUUUUCACAGGCACGCAUUGCCUGUUACGUCAUCACUUGCAAUGGAUUCCGAGUUUGCAUUCCCAAUUUUUUCGCAUCCUGAUUCGUCCACUUUCCACCUCUUUGUAGGCUUUCAUUAUACGUUAAAAGAAUAUGGAGGAUGGAUACGUCCCGUUCAAUUAAGAUGUCAUUAUAGCACUGUCAAAUGUGUAAUCCAACUUCAUGAAACAUUUCAGAUGUGAUUUCCGUCAUUGACCAAUGGGGGUGGAUACUUUCCUUGCAACAUCGAUGCCAUAUUCAUUGUGUUCAACAACUCGUUCAAUUCUGUAAUAAUACUGCUUUUUAGAUACGCGUGUCCACCUCAAGAACAGCCGCUGGUUCCGAGACCGCAUUGCUUUCUUACUUAUGAAGACAGAGUAUUAUUAUUAAUUUUUUUCGCAGAUUCGCAUGCCAUUCUCAGCACCCACAGGGUUCAUGGCACCUCCGCUGCCUGGUGUUUUUGUGGCAGUAUCGUGCAAUGGUACACUGGAACAGGGGUUGCCCUUCCGUGUCCGAGCCCACUCAAAUUACUCUGUUGUCGUUGCUUUUUGAAUUUUCGUCGUGUGCACGAUUUACACUUCCCCUGUUAUUGGUGUGAGAUGUUGCAAGACAUGGGCUAUCCACCCCGUCCUUAAAACAUGUUGUUUUUUGUUUCAGAUACUCGUUUUGUCAUACGAGCUAUUUAUAUCCCUUCCCUUUUUCAGCCACUUCCCAGAUAAUCACCAAUCAUACCAGAUAUACCCACAGUUAUCUAAUGAAACAGUUGUAUUUUGUCUGCAAUCGUUGUUGGACGUAUUCACGUCACGUGAACACCCUCCAUGAACCCUGUUGGGGUUGUCACAUCUUAGAAAGCGCAGGAUGGGAAUUUUGAACACCCGGUAGGGGGAGGUCUGCAUGGUGGCGCCACCCCUACUGGAUGUUCAUUUCUUAUUUUUUUUCAUUAGAUUCCCAUCGGAACCUAGACAAUGUGACCCUUAGAUUCCUUAUAAACUUUGUAUCGUCAAUCAUCGAGGAUGAUCCAGCUUACUCCAUUUGUUCCAAUUAAAACGUUAAUUUUUUCAUUAGAUUCCCAUCGGAUCCUAGAAAAUGUGAUGAUCUUUCGAAGCUGGCCCCUCCCUCAUAAACUUUGCAUUGUCAAUCAUCAAGGAUGGUCCAGCUUACUCCAUUUGUUCAAACUAAGUCGUUGAUUCUUUUUAUUAGUAUGCCAUUGGUUCCUAGAUGCUCAAACUAAGACGCUGAUUUUUUAUUAGAAUGUCAUUGGAUCCUAGACCGUUUUGACUUUAAUCAAGACUGGAUUUUAAUAGAAUAUUAUUGUAAACAAACAUUUCAAGGGCGUGACACCACUAGGGCGUCACACACGUCCCGUUUGUAAUCACGUUCUGUUUUUUUUCAGUCAAUCAUUGGACAAUAAACCACCGCCUCGUGUGUGCCAAUGGUCGACUGUUUCUCAUUCGGUUUCAUACUUGGAUCUAACCACCCCUCUAUUCAAUUCGUUUCAGGCACCUUUGCCAAUUUCCGUUUUCAUCUAAUCAAACCAUGGUCAUUCACAGGUUUCAACCAUUAUAUUCCAUGGCCUCAUCCAUUACUCAUGACUCCUUCCUCCAAGAGGCUCACACCAUUUAUUAUGUUUACUUAUUAAUGUUUUGGGCGUGACGUCACUCGGACGUCACACACGUCCCGCUUGUAAUCAGGCUCUCCUCGCGAUGUGUUGAUUAAAAAAAAAAGUUGAUUUCGACCUCCAUAUAGUGUGUUUUUCUUGACUUUUGGGAUGCGAGGGGUCUGGGACUACUUUUCGUGGUUUGCGCAUGCGCAGUAGGUCUACGCGGAAAUAGGCUCACAGGAAUGCGGGAGGACUGGGGAGUCGUUUGGCGGUCUGCGCAUGUGCCUACGAUCCCAUUCACGUGACUGCGCAGGGCAAACGCUUGAACCCCAACUGCGCAUGCGUCUAACUACCAGGCUCUAAUCUCAAUAAAACUAUGCCAAGAAUGUGGAUUCAACUCUUGUGUGCGUGUGUUCUUUAUUCCAUGGGGUCACGUGAAUAACCAUGCCCAUAUAUGGGCAUUUGUGACGUCAAUAAGUCACAUGGGCGAAAUGCGCGAUUCUGAUUGGUCGAGAAAAUUUCUGCUGGGUUCUGAUUGGUUACUCCCUAGUGUAGCCCUUAUUACUACUUCUAUGGUUCAAAAUGGCACAAUGGUGACUGUUAGGCAGAAGUGUGCCAAAUGCAUUAAGGGAUAUGUGUGGACCUCUCAAAGGAUGAUGCCUCAUGGAAAAUACCCAGCUGGUAAUGUCCUAUUGAGUCUUGCUGUUUUGAUGGCUGGUGCCUCUAUCAGCAAGAUUCUCCUUGUGUUUCGUCACAUGGGACUGGUUUGUUACUCUGCAAGAACAUUUUUUAAGCACCAAAGAUCGUUCCUAUUUCCAGCUGUUAUUCACCAUUGGGAGUCCUACCAGACUGACCUUCUCAAUAAGGUCAAGGACCUGAAGGAUGUAGUUUGGGCUGGGGAUGGCCGGUAUGACUCCAUGGGGCACUCAGCAAAGUAUGGUGCAUACACAUUGCUAUGUACAACCAUCAUGAAAAUUGUACAUUUUGAGCUUGUUCAGGUAUGAAGGUUUUAUAAGUGAAGCCCUUCCAUAUAAAAGACAUGACAUGAAAGCCACCAUUUGUUAAAACCAAGAGAGUGCAGUUAAACAAAAUAAGGUGUUACUCAACCUUGAAAAAUUGUAUUCAGUUCUAGUGAUAUAGAACCCUUACAACACAUCUUCUUGUCAUCCAAUGAAAAUAUUCAGUAAAAUUACCCAUUUACUUUGUUAUGUGAAUUGACCUUUUUUUUUUACCCUACCAUUGCAAAAAUAUAGUUUCAAGCAUCUAUUAAAAACAAGAUGUCUUGGACCCGCCAAUUAUUGAAGAUUUAUUAGAUCUCUUUCCCAAAACAUUUCUUACAGGCAAAUGAGACUACCAAACAGAGCUUGAAGGAGUAA